UCAUCAACAGAAAAAAACCGAUAAAUACAAAUCAAUCAUGCAAUCAUAUAAUGAUCAAAUUGAUUUGAUUUCUAUUUCGCGAAAUUCAACUCGUAUACCUUUCUUCACAUUAUAUUCGACUCUAGAUAAAUAAAAACAGCAAUGUCAUCAAUUAAUCGGACUAUGAUAUUUAUCAUGAAAAAUUAUGCAGCCAAUAAUCAUAAUCGAAGAUUAUUAUCAUUGUCAGCUAAUAAUUAUUAACUAUUAAUAGCAUAUUUAUAUGCAUAUGUGCUUGAAAACGAUACACCUACAAUUAUAAUCAAAGAAAAAUGUCCCAUACAUCCGGUAGGGUAGUGGUCGUAGUCGUCAUUAUGAAAAAGGACCAGCAUUCAUAAUUAAAAGAUCGUUUCAAUCGAUUUCAUCGGCUCGAAAGUAUAAUUUUAAACGGCUACUAAUGAUUGCUACAUUAUUAGCGGUCAUUUCGAUCAUAACGAUUGGUCUUUAUUUUCCCGAUAGUCUUUGUUAUACAAAAAAAUCGAUUUAUGAUCAAACAGAUAAAGUAUGGAUUUCAAGCAAUUAUCUCAUUCCAUCAUACAGUCAUCGAUUAUAUUCUGGUGAUCAGAAAUUGAUCGAACGUUUGAAUAUCGAUCGAGUUUUGUUGCAUAAAUUUGGCUAUGAUUAUGAAGAUUUUGCUAGAUUUAAAGCUGCUAAAAUUCUUAUGACCAGUUUUGAUGACAUCAUCAAACAUCCAAAUUCAAGCCAAAUGAUGUUCCAAAUGAACACUAACGAUGUUUUAGUAUUUUUACACAUGCAAAAAACCGGCGGAUCAGCAUUCGAUCGACAUUUAGUACGAGAUUUGAUCCUUCCACAGCCAUGUAAAUGUGAUUCUAAACGAAAGAAAAAAUGUCGUUGCUUUCGACCGGGCACAUCAAAUAGAUAUUGGCUUUUUUCUCGUUAUUCUAUUGGUUGGAAAUGUGGAUUACAUGCUGAUUAUACAGAACUAACAAAUUGCGUGGAUAGAAUCUUGAAUCAAUUGGAAUAUCAGACCGAUAGAAUUAAUAAGAAAAGAAAUUUCUAUUUCAUGACAUUAUUACGCGAUCCGAUUUCCAGAUUUUUAUCCGAAUUCAAACAUGUGCAACGUGGCGCUACUUGGAAAACAUCUCGUCAUUGGUGUGAUGGUCGACUACCAACUAGUAAAGAAAUUCCACUCUGUUUUCAUGGUGCCAAUUGGCGUAAUGUUUCAUUGGAUGAAUUUAUGAAUUGUCCACAUAACCUGGCAUUCAAUCGACAAACACGGAUGUUGGCCGAUCUUAAUCUAGUCGGAUGCUAUAAUCAAUCAUUCAUGUCUCGUGAAGAGCGAGAUUCAAUUAUGUUAUUCAGUGCCAAACAAAAUCUUCGACAGAUGGCAAUGUUUGGUCUUUGCGAAGAACAAUUGGCAACACAGUAUGUGUUUGAGAAAACAUUCCGUUUACAAUUCCGUCGAUCAUUCAUACAGUUUAACCAAACACAUAGCCAUGAAGUAUUGGCUUCGUCAAGCCAAUCAACUAUACAACGAAUUCGUGAUUUAAAUCAUCUUGAUAUGGAACUUUAUUCAUAUGCCAAACAAUUAUUUCGUCAACGUUUUGCUACUAUUAAAGCUAAUGAUCCAAAUUUUAAUGAUUAUUAUCAACAUUUGAUUACUAAUUCUCAGUUGCAAUUAAAACGAUCGAAAUUAGCCAAACCGAACAAAUUCAUAGAAAGCAAUCGACAUACUAGUCAAUCACAAAUAGCAAAUACAAAUAUCAAUAAUCCAAAUGAAUCAGAUAAUCUGAUUGAAGAUUCACCAAGUAUCGAUUAUGAUGAUGCUUCACCUACGAAUGAUUCAAAUGAUCCAAUCGAUGAUUAUUAUGUUUAAGAAUAUUUAUA